UCACAAGCGUCCUGAGACCAGCCGGCGGCGGGAAGAGCCUGGCCCAGAAAGAGCGAAAUCCCCCGGGGACCAGGACGGCGGUGGCGGGGGGGCGCUCAGCCCCCAGUCGGACACCGAAGAGGCUCCGGCCUCCGUGGACCACGCUUCCCAGAAGAUCAAGCGAGAAGGAAAGGUCCCCUUUAGGCCACCCGCCGGCUUCCCCAAUCGGGGCACGGAUGGGCGGCCGGUCCGCCUCCAGCUCGCUGGACCGACGAGCAGUUCCCGCAGCUGGCGGGGAGGGGUCGUGCGAGCUCCGCCUCCAGGGCGUGGCUGGCUGGGGCGAGCGGCAAGCCCCCUCCCCUUGGCGCCUCCGACGGGCCGCGACUGGCGGCUGACCCGCUGAGCUUCUGCAGGACUCCUCCGGCCGCUCCCCACCCCCCCAGCCAGACGGAGCAAAGCGAGACCUGGGAAGAGGGUGGCGGAGCAGCGGUCGCCUCAAAGAGUUGCCCGGAGGACGGGGCAGAGUUGGCCGCCUUGCCUUUGCCCCUCUCGCUCCGAGCACCGGCGGCGAGGCGGGCUCGCUUCUCUCGAGGGCGCUUUCCGUUUUCCCGGCGAGCCGGGCGAGGGGCGCGCUCUGGCAGGGCCGUUCCGCGCGGGUGCCCCCCCCUCCCUUCCCACGAUGCCUGGAGGUGGCGCGCAUGACGUCAGCGGCAUCCUGUUCUCGCUGCAUCCCCUACGCCUGCUCGCUGUUGCCAUGGCAACCUCCUCCCCGACGGCAGAGUUGGCCGAGACCCUUAACUGGUAGAGUGAAGACUUAACAUGGCAAGUAGGUGACACCUUUGCUGGAGGGGAGGCAUGUUUCCCACCCACCCUGGGGAGAAGGGGCUCUAAGGCCCCCUGUGCCAAAUGGAGCUGGCUGGGUUUCUUCUGCAUUCUCAAAUUGGCUUUAAAAUACAAGGGGAGGGGGGCUUUUCAUAGGCUCUUCAAAUCGGGGAGUCCUGGGGACGUUUUGGCCACUACUGGAACUGCCCUAAUAUAAAGUUACUUGCUUGUGGCUGGGCAGCCUGAUGGAGGUUAUUGGCUGGCUCUUCCAGUUUUAAGGUUGUGUUUGCCCAAUGGUUGCAAUGGUCAAUGUUGAUGCCGUUGGUCAAGUGAAUUGGGCUACUGUCCCACACGAGCCCAUUCUGGCCCAUCGCAGGUUAAGGAGAAGGAGCGCUACCUGCUUCUUCUGCCCCAGGAGAUUUGGGUGGGAAGGGGCUUUGCCCUGAUCUUGCUCUGCCCUAAAGCAGCAAGACCUCCACCCCGGAAGAAGAAUGAGACCCAGAAUGAGAUGCUUGGCCGCCCUGUUGAGGUGGCCCUGUUGGUGCCUGUCUCUUCCAGCCUUCCUCACAGCCCCCAAAGCCCAUUCCGUCCUGAAGCGCUUUCCACGGGCCAAUGGCUUUCUGGAAGAGUUUCGCCAGGGCACCAUUGAGCGUGAGUGCGUGGAGGAGGUCUGCAGCUAUGAGGAAGUCAAGGAGGUCUUUGAGAACAAGGAGAAGACGAUGGAGUUCUGGAAGGGCUAUGCCUACUCCGUCAAAGAUGCUUCCGACGGGACAGACCGCUCCGAUGCCAUGUACGUCGCCGUGCCCCUGCUAGGCGUGGCAUUGCUCAUCGUCAUUGGCCUCUUCAUCAUCUGGCGCUGCCAACUGCAAAAAGUCACGCACCACCGUCCCUCCUACCCCCAAAAUAGGGGCCUGGCCAGCCGAGCGGCUCGCAGCUUGCCCAGGGUGAGGGUGCACCGCGAGGCUCCUCCACCUCCCAGCCAAAGCGAAGCCCACUGCCAGCAGGACCCAAGCGGCAGAGGGGCUGCCGAUGGCGAGUGGGGGCAAGGGCCACCCAGUCAGCUGGCCAGGACACUUGUUGAGCCCGAGCACAUGGCUCCCCCGCUGCCUAGACUGUGCAGUGCCUCUCCUCCCCCCUCCUAUGAAGAAGUGACGGGGCAGCCUCAUCGUGGUGGCAGCAGUAGUGCACAGGAGCCCAACGUGUCCUACAGCGACCCACCCCCCAAAUAUGAGGAGAUUAUGAAUCCCCUUCACGCUCCUGGGAAGUAACGGCCCCGGAUCCUCUCGGCCAGGUGAUGUCAGUACAGAAACAGCCUUAUCCUCUCCACCCUCACCAAGUGCUCCACAGGUGGCUGGCGCCAUUCACCCACUUCACUCCUUCUGCUAGGCUGUGGCGGGAUCCGCAACUAGGAGCGGUUCUGGUUGCAGGGACGUGGGUAGAAAGCAGGGCUGAACUCUGCCUCAGGGGUCCCUUUACAGGAAGAUGGCUGUCCCGCUGCUUGGGUCUCUUCCCAGGGCUGAGGCUGGGCCCUACUGCUACGGUGGGUGGGGGCAUUCAGCACCUUCGACGUCCACCCUUUUGGCAAGAGCUUGGUUGGGUGGUGAGGACGGAUCAGGUGGGGUAGGAGCUUUACCAUUCUUUCCACCCACCUGGGAUAGUGCUGAGGAGGAGGCAGAAGAGGGCAGGUAUGCCUUUUGGGGGGGGGGGGGCACGUAUCUGACAUGGGGAAAUGCCAGUCCUUCUUUUCUGCUCAGCUCUACCCAAUACUGCUUUGUUCAACCAAAGGGAGGGGGGAAGAAAGCGCCCCCCACCCCUCUGUGUUUGCUCUCCCUGUGGAAUGCUGCCUUUGUCUAUGGAUGAUGUGAGGCCUCCUCCUGCAAAGAGAAACAGCCAAAAAGCAAAAGUGAUUUUUUUAUUUAUUUUUGGAUUCACAAAGCCAAUGCAUUGGCAAUUGCCAUUUUUCUGAUGUACCUGUCGCACUGGAAGGUUGUGUGUCUGUGUCUGUGCAUGUAAUUUAUAUGUGGAUAUGGAGGGCAGAGGAGAAGGACUGAGCCCAUCCCUCCCUCCCUCCCUCCCAGAAACACAUCAGGACAUUUUCUCGCUUAUCCCACUGGCCCAAUCGGUGUCUUCCUCUCCUUGACGCUGUCCAGAGGUGGACUCUGGCAGCACCAUGCUGCCAAAGAUGAUUCUAGAUGGGCAUCUGUGUUGAGGACCCCCUCCUGCUGCAAUGGCACUUCCUCUUCCUCUGGUGGGAUUCGACUUUCCCUUUGGCCCCCUUCUUUGGCCCUGUUCCCUGUUGGAUAGAGCGGGGCAUAGAGGGGGCUCCUCCUGCCCCCAGUGCUCUGGGUUUCCCCCUCACCAUGCAGCCCCCUUCCUUUCACCGGGAUUCCCUCCUCGCCAGAAGGAACAGCCGCUCAAUGUUUUCACUCCCUUGGACAAAGCACACCCACGCUCUUCUUUCACACUUCUUUCUCAAUGGUGCUAACGCAUAUCCGGGUAUUCUCUCCUUGUGUGACACACUCUAUGCUGCUUUACUGUAUUUAUACAUUUUGUUUAAACCGAAAGAAACUUCAUUUCUCAUGGGCAGUAGAUUGUUUCUUGCACUGUUCCGAAAGCCACAUCAUGGUCAGCCGUGAAUUUAGAUGUGGACAGCGGCACAAGGUUAAAAAAAAAAGAGAGAGAGAGAGAGAGAAGACAACACCAAACAUUGUUAAGUAUAGCAACUCUCCUUCUCCCUUCACUGCCUGCCUUACAGGGAGAUUUCAGUUUAGUUUUUUUAGUUUCAUUUUAUUUAUAUGCCGCCCUAUUCCCUAGGGG